GCUGCGGGACCAGGACAGACAGCUGAGGGGGGCCUGAAUGUCCAACCGGGACGGUCGGUGGACUACCGCGAACUCGCACGCAGGAUACACAGUCGACUGAUGAGCAGCCAGUAGGACUGAGGUUGGGCUACACCGACUAGCACAGCGGGUCAGCAGUGCCAGACAAGACGAUUGGAGGACAGAAGACAUAGUUGCAGAGCUACUGGUGGUUUACUAGUGGUUAGCCUUAGCAUACUUGUGGCAGCAGGGAGGAAGAAGGAGGGCUUGGCGAUGGUCACAGCUAUGGAGGAUGCCUGUCCCAAUGGGGUACGGGAGGAGGAGGUGGAGAUGACUUCCCCGGGACAGCCUGGCGUGGAGGGGCCCCCGGCCGUGCAGUCCACCCAGGAGCCAGAUACGUCUGGAGCCAUGCAGCAGGUGUUGGAUAAUCUGGGUGACCUUCCCACCUCCGCGGGCGCCAAAGACAUUGACCUGCUCUUCCUGCGCGGCAUCAUGGAAAGUCCCACUGCUCACGAACAGCUGGAGGAAGUGAAGCUGGAGGCGGUGCAGGACAACAAUGUGGAGCUGGUGACGGAGAUCCUGGGCGACAUCAGCAGCCUCAAGGUUAAAGACGACAGCGCGGCGGAGCUGUCGAGGAUCCUCCAGGAGCCACACUUCCAGUCUCUGUUGGAGGCUCACGACAUGGUGGCCUCUAAGUGCUAUGAAGUCCCGCCCCCAACUGAGAUGGCCAAUGAUGCGGCGGUGAACAGCGCCCUGAUGCAGGCUGAUGCCGUGCGCAUGAUUGGCAUCCGAAAGAAGGCCGGAGAGCCACUGGGCGUCACAUUUCGGGUGGAGAAAGACGACCUGGUCAUCGCUAGGAUCCUCCACGGCGGCAUGAUUGACAGGCAGGGCCUGCUGCACGUGGGCGACAUUAUAAAGGAAGUGAACGGCAAGGACGUCGGCAACAACCCCACCGAGCUGCAGGAGAUGCUCAAAGACUGCAGCGGAGGCAUCACUCUGAAAAUACUCCCGAGCUACCGCGACGCCCCUGCACCUCCGCAGGUGUACGUGCGACCGUACUUUGACUACAACCCAGCCAAUGACAACCUGAUCCCUUGUCGAGAGGCGGGCAUGGCCUUCAAGAAAGGCGACAUCCUUCAGAUUGUCAACAGAGAGGAUCCCAACUGGUGGCAGGCGUGCCAUGUGGUCGGUGGGGCAACGGGACUGAUACCCAGUCAGUUCUUGGAAGAGAAGAGGAAAGCUUUUGUCCCUCGAGACUUUGAUGGAUCAGGGAUCCUUUGUGGAACCAUAGCUGGAAAAAAGAAGAAGAAGAUGAUGUACCUGACAGCCAAGAAUGCAGAGUUUGACAGACAUGAGCUGCAGAUCUACGAAGAAGUGGCAAAGGUGCCGCCAUUCCAGAGGAAGACGCUGGUUCUGAUUGGCGCUCAGGGCGUGGGCCGACGCAGCCUGAAGAACCGGCUGAUGGUCCUCCAUCCCACGCGCUUCGGCACCACCAUACCUUACACUUCACGGCGGCCCCGCGACGACGAGCUGGACGGCAACUCCUACCACUUCACUACAAGGACGGAGAUGGAGGUGGACGUGAGGGCCGGCCGCUUCCUGGAGCACGGCGAGUACGACGGCAACCUGUACGGCACCAAGAUCGAGUCCAUCCACGAGGUGGUGUCCACAGGACGCAGCUGCAUCCUGGAUGUCAACCCACAGGCUCUGAAGGUACUGAAAACAGCCGAGUUCAUGCCUUACGUGGUGUUCAUCGCAGCCCCAGACUUCGACACUCUCAAGGCCAUGCACAAAGCUGUGGUGGACGCAGGCAUCACCACGAAGCAACUCACGGACGUGGACCUGAGGAAGACGGUGGACGAGAGCGCUCGGAUCCAGAGGGCGUACAGCCACUACUUCGACCUGACCAUCGUCAACGACAACCUGGACAAGGCCUUCGAGACGUUACAGGCCGCCGUGGACAAACUGUGCAGUGAACCCCAGUGGGUGCCGGUGAACUGGGUGUACUGAGGACCAGCUGCAGUGCUCCCACCGACCACACUGAGCGGGUCACACUGACCCAGUGGCGUGUGUGUGUGUGUUUGUGUGUGUGAGUGUGUUUCUGAACACAAAGGCUGAAGAAGAGGAGAAGAGGGGAGAGAUAGUAAAUAAUAGUAAUUUUAAAAAAACAAAAAAAACUUCUCUAAUCGCUCUUUCUCCUCUUGGGCCUGCACACUGUGCAACUUUUUUUCUACUCAAAACUCAAAGGGAAAGAGUGCUUAUUUAUUUUAUAACUUUUUAUGAAAGAUCUUUCUAUUCAACGUGGAAUUCCAGUGAGGAUGAAACAAAACAUCUGGUUGCGUUACUCGGGCCAUAUUUUUGCAUUAAUUUAUUGUCGUAGUUAAACGUCUUAUUUUGUAGUCGUUUCCCUUUGAUUUCAAGUCUUUAUGUCUUCGUGGACUUUCAGGAUUUAGGGCCACCAUCCGAGCUGGAUUAGAAGAUCUUUAGCCGUUAUUAUCCAAGAAACCUGUCAGUGUCACGCAUCGUUGCCAUUUCUGAGAAACCUGCGUAGCUGUAUUUUAUUUUCGCGUCCAUAAAACGUAAUCCUUUAGUGUUUUUGCGUAGCCAGCGGGAAACUCUUCCUCCACAGGACCAGAGGAGGUUAGAAGGCCCGCGUGUGCGCAGCUCGUCCAGUAUGUAAAGAAAAAACAAGUUUUCAAGAUCGAACGCUUUGUCUGUUAAUUUUGUCUCGUUUUUGUCUUCUUCUGCUAGUUUUUCAUCAGUGUGGUGAUUUAUAGUGUAUUGUUUUUCACGUGACCCUUUGAUUUGUCUUCUUGUUCUCAGUCUGUCGGGGGUACGAGCGCAGUCAUCGUCAUUGUUCUCGUCUUCAUAAGCCAAUUUGUUCAUGUUUUCUAUGUGACUGUGGCAUCCCUCCUUAUGGUCCUUAUCUUCAGUGCUGCAGUAUGCCAAAGCCCUGAUCAUACUCCAAAUAAAGUUUGAACUUUAUAAGUGUUAAAUCUGAUUGGUAUUUCAACUACAGGCUCAAAUGUUAUUGUGUCAUUUAAAGUGGGACUUUGGAUGGUAAUGCAUUUAGCUAAGCCAAAGGGUAAAACUAGUGCUAUCGUUUGUCUUAAACUUUGUAAAUCUUUAUCAAAGCAAGUAAAACAUUAAAAAAUGCCAUUAAGUUGUUUUGGAACCUGUCUUGAGCUUCAGGAGAAGACUUUUCAAACCCUAAUGGUCUUAUAUGGAUAUUCUUUGCAAUAAAUAUGUAUAUGUAACAUUUCAAAAUCCUGAAGCCGAUCUGUUCCGGGUUUUAGAGAACAGCCCUGCAGCCUGUUCGUGUUUUCACAUCAAUCUCAUGUCUGCAGAUUUGUUUUUACAUUUUUAUCAACAAAGUUAUGACAAAUAAACUUUA